CUUGAUUCAUUCAUUUUCAGCCACGCGUUCUCAGUAUACCCACAGUUCUCCAUAUACCCAGUGCACAUUGAUCUAGCUAAGCUAUGAAGCCCCAAACCCUCCUCAGCAAACUCGCCCUCCUGGGCUCCAUCCCGUUCGCCCUAGCGGACACUCUCAACAUUGUCGCCCACCAGGAUGAUGAUCUCCUCUUCCUGAGCCCGGACCUCAUCCGCGACAUCCUCUCCGGCCAGGCGGUACGCACCAUCUUCCUGACGGCCGGCGACGCGGGCCAGGGCACCAGCUACUGGCAGAACCGGCAGCUGGGGUCGCAGGCAGCGUACGCGCGCAUGGCAAUCGCCGGCAACAGCUGGACGGAGACGGACGCGGGGAUCCCCGGCAAGGACAUCUCGAUCUACACGCUGUCGGAGAACUCGUCCAUCUCACUGAUCUUUCUGCACCUGCCGGACGGCAACAUGGACGGCACGGGAUGGGCGGCGGACAACAACGACAGCCUGCAGAAGUUGUGGGACGGGGCGAUCGACCACAUCACCACCGUCGACGGGUCGGGCACGACCUACACCCGCGACGAGCUGAUCCACACCCUCACCUCGCUCAUCGACGACUUCCAGCCCGACGAGCUCAAGACCCAGGACUACCACAACAGCUUUGGGGAUGGCGACCACAGCGACCACUACGCCACCGCCUUCUUCGCCACCUCCGCCCUGAACGACGCCAGCUCCCACCCCGAUCUGACCGGCUAUCUGGGCUACGCGAUCAACAACAACCCCGUCAACCUGGAUGCCUCGGACAUCGAGGACAAAACAAACAUCUUCUACGAGUACGCCGUGCAUGACCAGGGCACCUGCAGCACGGCGACGGGUUGCUCCACGCGACCUGAGAGCGGGUGGUUGCAGCGACAGUACACUAUCUAGGUGAUGGUGGCGAUGUU